AGCCACAAAUGACCCAAUCCUAAAAGGAUAAACCUCCAAAAAAAACUUCAAUUCUCAGUUUAAAACUGAAAAAUCAAGAAACAUCAAACUUUUCGACCAAUUUUCUCUAAAAUUCAUCACCCUCGAUCGCAAAAUGCUUCUUCACAGUAUCACCACUUUCACAUCCACCCGUUUCCCCUCAUCAAAGACAGCAUUCAAAUCCCAAAAUUUUAUCAAAAGAAACACUAGAAUUUCAGCUCAAACUCUAACCAACGAGAACAAUUUCUCAAUCUCAGAUCAAGCACUUGAGUCUCGAGGAUUCAAUCUACAUCGUACAUUCGAAGAACUCGAUCUUGAUCAACUAAACACAGUGUUUGUUGCAGUUGGAUUUCCAAAACGAGAUACAAACAAGAUUCGAAUAGCAUUAGAACAUACAGAUUCACUGUUAUGGAUUGAAGAUACGAGAUACAGAAAGCCCGUUGCAUUUGCAAGAGCAACAGGAGAUGGUGUAUUUAAUGCUAUAAUAUGGGAUGUUGUUGUUGAUCCUUCUUAUCAAGGGAUUGGAUUAGGAAAAGCUGUAAUGGAAAGAUUACUUGAGGAGUUGUUACAGAAAGGGAUUAGUAAUAUUGCUUUGUAUUCAGAGCCUAGGGUGUUAGGAUUUUAUAAACCGUUAGGGUUUACUGCUGAUCCUGAUGGGAUUAGAGGUAUGGUUUAUUCAAGGAGACAGAAGAAGAGAUAGUAGUAUACUUGUGAAUGAAAAAGAAAUAUUUUGUUCUUCAUUUUCUUUGGUUUUGUGACACAUAAUUUGUAAAUUAUGAGAUAAUUGUUGAUGUCUGUGACUCUGUAUAGUGCAUCAUGUGUAAUGCAAAUCAUAAUUUGAUUGCAGUGAUUACCCAAAAAGCAACUGCAAAAUGGAUGCAACAA